GAAAAAUCAACAGUUUCGCCCUUUCGCACUACCUCACACUGUCGUAACAAAAUGACGGAAUCUAUGAACGACAACAGCAAUACAGUUGAUAAUCUAACAUUUAUUACUUUUGAUGAUAACAGUCAUGGCUCUGUCAUUGAUGGUGAAGAAGACUUUUUCUUCUGUAGAAAAUGCAACAAACUUUUCAAAAACUUACCUCAAUAUUUGGAGCAUAAAAUUAAAGAAGAAAACUUUCGCAUUGUGCAAACACGUUCAGAUGCAGACAGAAGAAUGGUUUUGCCUAAGCUGGUACAAAAAAAUAAAAAAAUUAAAGCGGAAGUGGAUGAUUCUUCAGUCACUGUACAAAACUCCUCCAUAUCAGAACCUGCAGCACAGCAUAUUAAAAUUGAUAGGACCCUAGCAGAGAAAGAAGCUCCUAGGGCCAUAACAAAAAAUGAGAAAUAUAAGAAAACAUGGAAAAGAGGAAGAAAGAGGAAGAUUCCUUUAGACAAAAAGUCCAUAGAAGCCAUUAUUCAAUCAUGUCCAGAUAUGUACAUUUGCAAAAUAUGUGACAAAAAAUUUAGACGAGAAGCUAGCCUACGAUGGCAUAUGGCUUAUGAACAUCAAACUAAAAAUAAAGAUGAAGAAGAUUUAGAAUUAUCAGAGGAAGACCAUUCUGACGAUUGUGAUGAUAAUGAUAAAGAAUUUACACUUGAUAGUCCUACUAAUGAAAAAUUAGACCAUGAGUCAGCAACAGACAAAAAUGUGACUUUAGAGAACAGUAAAAAUAAAAGUCAAAAUUUGGUUAAAGUUAAAAAGAAGGAUCUGGUUAAAGGCAAAGAACAAAAUGACACCAGUAUUCGUCUUUUAAUCAACCAGCCUUUACAAGAAGAGAAAGCAUCAAAUGAUCAGGAGACUCCUUGCUCAGACAAAGGGAGUGAAGCAGAAGAGGCACACCAGAAAGGCAAGAAAAAUAAAGGAGUGUCUUUCUCUUGUAAUAUUUGUCAAAGGUGCUUUAAAGAGGCAGGGACUCUAAAAGCUCACCAAGUUGUUCAUUCUGAUGAGAGAAAUUUUAUUUGCAAAUUUGAUAAUUGCCCCUAUGGAUUUAAAACUAAAGGGGGAUUAGUUCGACAUGAAAGAAGGCACACAGGUGAAAGACCGUAUAUGUGUGACAAAUGCAACAGAGCUUUUUCAGAAUCAGGAGCUCUAACUCGACACUUAAAAGCAAGACGUAAUUGUUCAGAAACUCCUGAUUCAGCAUAUCCCAGAUACAUGAAAAGUUGGACCUAUUACCCUAACAUACCUGCAGUCCUUGACCCCAAUCUACGUGAUUCACAAAAAGGUCGCAGCAUGCUGCCUCACACAGAUGGCCCUCUGCAAGGGGACCAAUCUCUGGAUGAGGUUCAUUUUAUCAUCACCGAGGUCGCAGACCCCAAGGUGGUCUCAGGGGAAAUGAUCUCACCAAAACUUGAGAACAUACUACCUCAUCUAGUGGCAGCCAACGGAGAGAUAGAUACUAAGCUAGAAAUCAAGCUGGAGACAGAGAAUAUUGAGGAAUGGGUCACCAGCAAAGAGGAAAUGGAGAAAAGUACUGAGGUCAGCAUUCUGGGUAGUACUGCAAUAGACGCUGAGGCACUAGUAGAAAAAGAGGUGUUGCCACAUAAGGAGGACACCAAGAUAGACACAGAUGAGACGGAUGAGAGAAAAGUUGUAGAGGUGGCAAUGGAGGUGGAUCCUGAUCUGGUGGAGUUAAAAAAUGUGGUGGAGGUGGACCAGUUGAAAGUUACUCAAUGUCAUGUAUGUAAAAAAGACUUUGAGGCGCUGGAAGGCUUAGAGCUCCAUCUUCGAAACCAUUUAGCCGAUCAACCCACUCGGUGUGGACUAUGCCAUUUUCUUUCAAAUGAUCGUGAAGAAUUAAGGCUGCAUAUAUUAUCUCUACACUACGAAUCUUUGAAUGAUAUUGAAGCCAGUGUUUUGUCUAUGGAGGAAGACAGUAACUUAACAAAAAUUGAAACAAUGGAUAGAAAAGUGGUUUUAAGAAAUGCUCUCACUGCAGUCAAGCAGCUUUACAGUUUAAAAAAGAACAAGACAGUGUCAGAAGUUGAAAAACCAGGACUAUCUGCGACAGGAACUCUUCAAUGUAUGGUGUGUAACAGAUUGUUCCGUGGUAAUAGUUACCUUCGUCAACACAUGCGUUCUCACACAGGUGACCGCCCAUAUCGGUGUCAUCAGUGUGAUAGAAGCUUCACUACACGAGAUAUUUUGAAGAAACACAUGUAUGUCCACAAGGAGCAAAGAGACUUCAAGUGUGGAGAGUGUGGUAAACUAUUUAAAAGUCUCUCACACGUCAGGCAACAUCUAAGGGUCCACAUGCACGAGCGAUCGUAUCGCUGCUCUGUUUGCGACAAAAUGUUUAAAACGCAGAACACACUUAAAGUUCACCUGCGAACACAUUCUGGUGUUAAUCCAUACAAAUGUCAAAUAUGUGGUAAUUGUUUUCGAGAGCGAGGCUCUUUACAACGUCAUAUGAGAUUACACACUGGGGAAAAGCCUUUUAAGUGUCACAAAUGCAACAGAGCGUUUGCAGAGCAGGGCACUCUCAUUCGACACCAUAAAGCCAAAGUUCCCUGCACUGCUAACCUUGAAGAAAAAGGAAGCAAUAACACAACUAUGCUGGCACAGUUUUCUUCAGUAGUUGCUGAUACACAGUAUAUUCUGCCUGAAGGGGACACUACUCAGCAGUAUGUUCUUCCAGCAGACCAAGAGAUAACAGAGAACUAUGUCAUUUUACAAACUACUGGAGACGAAUCUGAAAUUGUCGAUAACUUUGAAGUUAUCACGGAAGAAAGAGUUAGUACUGAAGAAAUGGCAAACUUUAGUGAGAAUCAAGAAACAGAAAGUCUUGAAAUAUUUGAUUCCAGUACUGGAGAAUCUGUGAUCAUUGUGGCAGACAAAUCCAUUGUAGACCUGGUCAGGGAGCAACAGAAGACUCUGCUCUCAGAGGAAGGCAGCAGCAGCAUGCAGAAGAUCAAAGACAUUUUAAUAGCUGCAGGGAAGGGAGGGGACAUUGUCACAACUUACAAGCAAGAGCCAACAACUUCUCCAGUUCUAGAUAUUGUUGAGCAGGUUAUAGAACCUGCCAAGACUGACAGCGACUUUAUUACAGAGAAAAGCUGAGCUUAAUCUUGCAAUGUUUUCAUUUGUUCAAGCUUGAUAUACAUGUGUAUAACAAGUGUCAUUAUAUUUAUUUACUGUUCAUUUUUUUUUUAAAUAUAAUUUUAUUUUUCAAAAGUUGUUUUUUUUUGUUCUAUUUAUUUUAUAUAAACUAAUAUAAGGCAUGAUUUCAUGUGAAAUGUUCAGCAUUCAAAAUAUCUUUAUCAAUUAAUGGAUAAGCUGAAAAUUUAUUGGCUAUAACCACAAAGCCCAUGCUUGUACAAAGCAGCAUAUGGAUCCAGUAAACCUCUUGCAACAAAAAAAUGAAUGAAGAAUUCAACAUGAUUGUGUCAUUAACGUACUUUUCAGAUAUGUUCAACUUUUUAACUAUUUGUCAAUAAAACUAAAAUUAUGUA